AUGUCGGUCACCACCAUGAGAUCUCACAAUUCUGUGAGAUUCGUGAAGAACGAGCGCGGCGCGACGCGCACAGGCGAGAACUACACCCGAAAUAACGAGGCUCGCGUGCGUCUACGCCACGAGGCCGUCCAGGAGGUCGACAGGAUCGACUCCGUCUUUGGCUUUGAUCGGUACAGUUCUGGCGCAAAACGGGUUGGGUGGCUCGUCAACAUGCAUCCGACAACGCUGCCGACGACAGAGAACAUAGCUGGCUGCUCAGGAGUCGACUACUACUUUCUGGACGAGGAAGGGGGCUCGUUCAAGGCGAGCGUCCAGUACGACCCGUAUUUCCUGCUCAUGGUCCAGACAGACCGUGCCACAGAGGUCGAGGAGUAUUUGCGGAAGUUUCUGGAAGGCACUUUGAAGAAGCUGUCGUGGGUGGAGAAGGAAGAUCUUGCUCUGACGAACCAUCUGGUCGGGCUGAAGCGGCAGCUGCUGCAGCUGAGUUUCCACAACGUCUCGGACCUUUUGGAGGCCAGACGACAGCUACAGCCCAUUAUUCAGCAAAACAAGUCCACCAAAAAUAGCAAGGACAUAUACCAGUCGGUGAACAUGAACUACAACACGUUUAUGAAGCACCACGACGGUCACGAGGAGGCCGAGCGCAAGGUCGGCAACAUCACCGAUUUAAUUGAGGAUAUCCGCGAGUACGACGUGCCGUAUCACGUGCGCGUGUCGAUCGACUGCAACAUCCGCGUGGGCAAGUGGUACACGGUGGAGGCGGACCAGGGAAAGGUGAGACUCGAAGAACGAGCCGACAAGCUUGCUUUUGCAGACCCUGUGGUGCUGGCGUUCGAUAUCGAGACCACCAAGGCGCCGCUUAAGUUCCCCGACAGCUCUGUGGACCAGAUCAUGAUGAUUUCGUACAUGAUUGACGGCGAGGGAUAUCUGAUCACCAACAGAGAGAUCAUUAGCGAGGAUAUUGAGGAUUUCGAGUACACCCCGAAACCAGAGUAUCCUGGCUAUUUCACAAUUUUUAACGAGCCAAAUGAGCGGCACGUGAUCCAGAGAUUUUUCGAGCACGUGAGAGACACGCGGCCGACCGUGAUUGCCACGUUCAACGGUGACUUCUUCGACUGGCCUUUCGUCGAGGCACGUGCCGCGUACCACGACAUCGACAUGUACAAGGAGAUCGGGUUUGCCAAGGACAGCGAGGGCGAGUACAAGAGCACCUAUUGCGUCCAUAUGGACUGUUUCCGGUGGGUCAAGCGUGACUCGUAUCUGCCGCAGGGAUCGCAGGGCUUGAAGGCCGUGACGACGGUGAAACUGGGCUACAACCCGACCGAACUCGACCCAGAGCUCAUGACGCCGUAUGCGUACGAAAAACCGCAGCUGCUUGCCGAGUACUCUGUCUCCGACGCGGUGGCCACAUAUUAUCUUUACUACAAAUACGUGCACCCCUUCAUUUUCUCGCUGUGCACGAUCAUCCCGCUAAACCCGGACGAGGUGCUGCGCAAGGGCACCGGCACGCUAUGUGAGAUGCUGCUGAUGGUGCAGGCGUACCAAAACGGGAUUUUGCUACCAAACAAGCACACCGACCCGCUUGAACGGUUCUACGACGGCCAUCUGCUCGAGUCGGAGACGUAUGUGGGGGGCCAUGUUGAGUCGCUGGAGGCGGGAGUCUUCCGUGCGGACCUGGCGACCGACUUCAAUGUCGACCCGGCCGCCGUGGACGAAAUAUUGAACGACCUCGAUAACGCUCUCAAAUUCUCCAUCACCGUGGAGGAAAAAAAGAAGCUUGAGGAUGUGACGAACUACAACGAGGUGUGCGCAGAAAUUCGCGCCAAGUUGAUAGAGCUCAAGACCAACAACAAGCGCACAGAGACGCCGCUGAUCUACCACGUCGACGUCGCGUCGAUGUACCCGAACAUCAUGACGACAAACCGGUUGCAACCGGACUCAAUGAAAACGGAAAAAGACUGUGCUUCGUGCGAUUUCAACCGGCCAGGAAAGACGUGCGACCGCCGGCUGCCGUGGGCCUGGCGUGGCGAGUUCUAUCCUGCCGAGGCCAACGAGUACAACAUGAUCAAAAACGCACUCAAAAACGAGCAGUUUGCCCCCAAACACCCGGGGCUACCUCGGCGCACGUUCGAGGAGCUCAGCUACACGGAGCAGGUCGGCCACAUCAAGAAACGCGUCUCGGACUACUCCCGGAAAGUGUAUCACCGCAUCAAGGCCACCGAGACCGUCGAGCGCGAGGCCAUCAUCUGCCAGCGCGAAAACCCAUUCUACGUCAACACGGUGCGCGACUUUAGAGACAGAAGGUACGAAUUCAAAGGCCUGGCAAAGGUGUGGAAGGGCAAGGUGGCCCAGAUCGGCAGGGACGACAAGAACGCCGUCGACGAGGCCAAAAAAAUGGUCGUUCUGUACGACUCGCUGCAGCUCGCACACAAGGUCAUUCUCAACUCGUUCUAUGGCUACGUCAUGCGCAAGGGCUCGCGCUGGUACUCGAUGGAGAUGGCCGGUGUCACGUGUCUCACGGGGGCCACAAUCAUCCAGAUGGCCCGGUCGUUGGUGGAGCGGCUGGGGCGGCCGUUGGAGCUCGACACGGACGGAAUCUGGUGUAUCUUGCCGUCGAGUUUCCCCGAAGACUUCAAGUUCACGCUGAAAAACGGCAAAUCGUUCACCGUGUCGUACCCGUGCUCGAUGCUCAACUACCUCGUGCACCAGCGGUUCACCAACCAUCAGUACCAGAUGCUGGUGGACCCCGUGCGGCUCAAAUACGAGACGAUCUCGGACAAUUCGAUUUUCUUCGAGGUCGACGGCCCGUACAAGGCGAUGGUGUUGCCGACGUCGAAGGAGGAGGGCAAGGGCCUGAAGAAGCGGUACGCGGUGUUCAAUUUCGACGGUUCAUUGGCAGAGCUGAAGGGAUUUGAGCUGAAACGACGCGGUGAGCUGCAGCUGAUCAAAAACUUCCAGUCGGACAUUUUCAAGCUGUUUCUGGAGGGCAACUCGCUCGAGGAAUGCUACCAGGCGGUGGCCAACAUCGCCAACCGGUGGCUCGAUGUGCUGGAUAGCCGCGGCCAGAUGCUGGAAGACGAAGACCUGAUCGAGCUGAUUUGCGAGAACCGCAGCAUGUCGAAGACGCUGGAGGAGUACGGUGGCCAGAAGUCGACGUCGAUCACGACAGCAAGACGUCUCGGCGAGUUUUUGGGCGAAGAGAUGGUUAAGGACAAAGGUCUGGCGUGCAAGUAUGUGAUCGCCGACAGGCCGAUCGACGCGCCGAUUACUGAGAGAGCGAUUCCCACGGCCAUUUUCUCGUCCGACAUCGCUGUGAAACGCAAGUAUUUGCGCCGCUGGCUGGUCGACCCGUCGCUCGAGGACCUCGACCCGCGCUCCAUCAUCGACUGGGGCUACUACAAAGAGCGGCUCGCGUCGGUGAUCCAGAAAAUCAUCACGAUCCCGGCUGCGUUGCAGGGCGUCAGCAACCCUGUGCCCCGUGUGUCGCACCCGGAUUGGCUGCAGAAACGCAUCAACACGAAGGAGGAUAAGAUGAAACAGUCGUCUUUGAGCGCGUUUCUCAAAAAGGGUGUUAUGUCCGACGUCACCAACCAGGUCCAGGAUAUCGAGGAUCUUGGCACUGGCGCGGCCAGACCUAAAGUUGGCAAGGUCACGUGCCGCAAACGGAAAUUGGCUCGAGAAACGUUGGAGGAGUCGCAGCAACAGCUCGCCAACCAGCCGUGUCCGGACCCGCUGACGGACUAUGCUGGCUUCCUGCAGUACCAGAAGAUCAAAUGGGAGGUGCAGGCCAAGGAGCGCGAGCGCAGGAAGCGGUUGUUCGGCGAGACGGCGCAGCUUGGUAGCCGGAUGUCUGUGGCGAACAUGGUGCGGAAACGGGCCGAAAACUACGCCGAGUCCACGUGGCAGGUGUUGCAGUACUGCGAGAGCACAGACAAUCCGGGUGAUCUCAAGGCGUACGUGCUGAUCAACGGCAAAAUACACACGCUCACGCUGCACGUUCCAAAAAAGCUGUAUCUGGACUUCAAGUCAGAACCUUUCCCGGAUACUGUUCUGGAGAGCUGCGAGGUCACGCGGGCAGCAGAGCUGCUCCCGAGCGGCCAGAAAAGCGCCAAUCUGUUCAAGAUGGUAAUGUCUCACGACGUGUACAGCCGCGAGAUCUCCAAGACCAAUGGGCUGCUGAACAGUCCGCACGUUGCCGGGAUUUACGAGACCCAGAUCCAGAGUACCGAGCGCGCGAUCAUCGAGCUUGGCAGCUGCGUGAAGUUUGAUAACACGAGGCCGGGAUCACUGGGCAAAUCGCUAGAAAAAGGCUUUGAUGUCAAGCUGCUCCGUCCCGUGGCUGCAGAAACGUACCUUUCCGACUUGACCACUGGCGUGCUGUACUUACUGCACGUGUCGUCCAAUUCGUACGAAAUAUUCACGCUGUUCAAUCCUGCGGACUCGAGCGCUCACGUGUAUGUGCUCAAGCCGACCGCCACGGCCCAGCAGCUGCCUGCAAAUGUCGAUUCUCUCUACGAAGAGAUUUUUGCUAGCAAGAAGGACACGCUGCCAUCGGAUUUGAUUAAUUACCAGGACCAAAUGAAGUUCGAGACGCAGUACUUCACAGACGCAGUCAAGCUGUACAAGAAACUCAACUCCAAGCUGCUCACGCUCGACGAACACAGUGCGUCCAAGUCAUUGCUCGUGGUGCAGUCUCCAUACAGCUCCAAGAUCGCCAGACACCUUGCUGCGACCGCACAAUUCCCCUGUGUGCGGAUGGGCGCCGGCCAGAUCCACAUCAACUCGCUCUCGUGGCACUCGCUGAUAAUGAAGCGUAUUAUCAACCACUACCUAUCGGUGGCCGGAUGGUUGCAGAAAAUCAUCUCGCUCGCCAGAUACAGCAACAUUCCGUUGUGCAACCUCGAAAUCGACAAUCUCGGCUAUAUGAUUGACAUCGAGUACGCACGGAAGCUGUCGCAGGCCAACAUUGUGCUGUGGUGGUCGCCGACUCCGAACCCGGAUCUGGGCGGUGUGGAGAAGGACACCUUUGCCGUGGACGAGUCGUUCGAGUUCCCGGUGAUCAAUCAGUCCGAGGUGUACGAGAGCGUGUGUCUGGAGCUGGAGCUGAAAAAUCUCACCAUCAACACGGUUUUGACGUCGUCGCUGAUUAAUGAGGCCGAAGGCGUUUUCAGCUCGACAGACGCGGCUGCAGAGGGAGCGUUUGCCGAGGACUCGUUUUCUGGGCCGGCGCUCGUCGUGCUGCGCAGUCUGGUGCGCACCUGGUGGGACGACGCCAUUAAGAAUAAUUCCGAGGCAGACUCCAUGGUGCACGGCUUUGUGUCGUGGUGCCAGAACCCGGCCUCCUUUUUGUACGACUCGUCGCUGCAUUAUCACGUGCACAACCUGACGAAAAAGUCGUUCAUCCAGCUGCUCGGUGAAUUCAAGAAGAUGGGCUCGGCAGUCGUCUUUGCAGACAGAAAUAGAGUCAUUGUCGAGACAUCGAAAACGGCGGUCGAGAACUCGUACGCAUACAGCCAGUACAUUCUCACCUCGGUCAGAGCGAGCCCGCUUUUCAACUAUCUGGACCUCCAGGUCGUUAAGUACUGGGACCUACUUGUCUGGAUGGACAAGUACAACUACAUGGGCCGGUUCUGCCACCAGGUGCAGGAGGCAGAGGUGCAAAAACUGGAGGCGGUUUCGAACUGGCAGUUGAAAAGCUAUCUACCACCGAUCCUGCACAGCGAGUUUGAAGAGUGGACGUGGCUCAUUCUCGACUCGCUCAUCAAGCACAGAGACGGCCGGUUCAAAAAUCUGUCGCAGAGCACCCAACUGACACCAGACAGAAAAGCCGCUCUUAAAAAAAUUAAAGACCAAAAAGACGAAGACGCACUUGAUACCGUCGCCAACGGCGUGUGCGAGCUGUUCAGGGCCCCGCUGCUGAAACGGCUGCACACUCUCAUCAAGAAACAAAAUGAGGUUGGCCUGGACCCGGGAAUCAUGGAGCAGUACCAGUUCCCUGUGCUGCCCGGCUCGCAUCUCGAAAUGUCAAAUCCGACGCUCGAGCUCACCAAAUACCUGUGCCAUAUUUUGGGCCUGUCCAAAAAACGCAACAUCGAGGUCCGUCUGCUGCGUAAGGAGAUCCUGUCGCUGUUUGAGAUCAAGGAAUUCAGCGACGAAGGUGUCUUCAAAAACCCGGCAGCCAGCCUCGUGCUCCCGCACGUGAUCUGCAGCUACUGCAACCACAUCAAGGACGUCGACGUUUGCAGAGACGAGCCGCACGUCCUGUGGCACUGCGAGGGGUGCAACAAGCCUUACAACAAGCUGCUGCUCGAGGAGCGGCUCAUCUCGGAACUCAACAGAUUGCUCUUCCGGUUCCUGACCCAAGACCUUAAAUGUGCCAAGUGCGGAAAAACUAAAGACAGAGAGAUUAUGGCGCAUUGCUCGUGCUCCGGAACGUGGACACAAACCGUCAGCAUUAAGGACGUUGUCGCCCAACUCAGGCUGUACCGGAACGUGGCGUUGGCACACGACCUCAAGUUGCUACUGGAGAUUGCAGAGGAAACUGUAUAA